ACACUGGGUUUCAUAACUCUCUUCUUUUCAUCUACGCAUAUGAUCUAAUCACAACUGGGUUUUCAUCACCAUGAUCUAUAAAAAAAGGCAGGGUCAGAAGGUCUUCGAGCAACAUAUCCACAAGGCAGUUCGAGUCCCAAUGUCACAACCCUCCUCGACGUCCCUCCCAGGCUCUCAAGCGAGAUUCCCCGCCGGUCUUAUUCCAGCGCCGAGCCUCCAAAAUGGGAAUUAGCCCUCGCGAGCAAACCUUCACUAGACCUCCCAGAGAGAAGUAGUUCGGCCCCUUUCCCGUCAUCUGUGGGCCCAUCCAGGCAGAAUAGGAGUAUCUCGAAGAAAUUCGCAGAAAGUCAUCGACCAGUACGACAGGAAGGCGCUCACUAUUCUGAGAAUGCGCACUGGUUGUUUGUAUCCCCUGGCAUGACUGAUGAUGGACAGUUCGCAAGCAGAACAGUGCUGUCCCGAAAGAAGCCUUCACAGUGGGCUAUUUCAGACUAUGAUCGGUACCAAGACGAGGAAGAUUGCAGACCACCUGAUCUUCCAUGGUGGGAUAGCGCAGUAAGUGACGCAACGCGGUGGUACAAAGAACGCUGUAAAGCUUCCGGAUUCGAUAUUACUCAGCCGGCAAACCGUCAACGAGCCAUCACAGAGUGGUCGUCUGUCGUUGCUAGCACUAUCAAGCCCCUGCUGAAGCACAAUUCCUCUGGAUUUGUCAUUCAUCCAAAGUUGGCGAUCGUCACUGACGAGGAUAUAGAUUUCGCUCUCCGCAAUGAAUAUUCGUUUCAAGAUGGAGAGUAUGCCCCUGUGAUUGUCAGCCGCAGCGGUACUCAACAUGGUUCAGAUAUCAUCCGAGUGAAGACCGAGGAAGAGUGCGGUUCUCGCUCGUCGGCUACUUCUUCUCGUCUUGCGGUCCCCAAUGCGCAUUUGAUAAUUCAUUCAGAGUAUGCAUCAGACUCAGGUGCUCCACCAGCCGUCCAUACUCGGCUCGCGCUCCCUUCCGAUCCCGCACUUCUGAGCAAAACUUCCCCGGCCGUGUACGCCUUGUUCGACCCUGAAGAUACUGAGGCGCAGCAAUCAAUGCAGAGUGUCAUUAACCAGGCAGUUGAGGCUUUUGAUCAGUUUGAUCGUGAUCCGUACAGAUCGAGGGUUAUCGAAAAAGGCCUGAUGGGCCACUCUAGGAGAACUUGGAGUGAACAUACUCGAGAUCCGAUCGAUAAAAGCAAAUACCUCUCGAAAUACACGGCCGCCUUCCUCGCGAGCUUUUUUGACGAACCUGGCGAUAAUGAGGAAAACACCCAGGGGACAGUAUCCGGCGCAUAUUUGACACCGGAAGUGGUUUCCUUGCACGGACAUAAGAACAGCACGUGGGAAAGUUGCCUUGAAAAUGGUACAAUACAUCCAGCAUUUCUGUGUGAUUCGUCGUCCAUCAAGCAAGAAAUUACCGAAGAUGUGCAGGGGCGACUUCAAGGACUGUCAGGAUAUGGAGGACCAGAGUUUGAGACGCCGCCGCCACCUUAUGAAAGUCAAGAAAAUCUUCAGGAAGAUCAUUGGGAGGCUGGAUCAUUGUUCCUUGAUUUUGUGGAGGAUGGAGAAUCAAGUCAGCUCCCAAGUCGAAGGACUGGCGGUGUUAGAUCCGUGUUCUCCCGUAGUUUCUGGACGAGAGACCGAGGGACAGAUGGACGUGAAGACUUCCAAGACUCUAGGACUCCCAGAAGGUCAUUAAGGGCUUCUUUGAUAUUGAGACUGUUGGGGAACAGCGACCUGUCUGACCUUUAAGCCUUGAUGCAAAAUCUAAAGUCGAUCAUUGACCAAACUUCAUGCUGAGCUGAGCAGAAAAGUUGAAAAUUAUUAAUCAGUUGGUGUUCUGUUAUUGAUAGCAAGCCUGAUGUGCAAAAUGGUUCAGCAGUACAAUCCAUGGUAAAAUGCAUAC